AUGUGCGUGUGUGUGUGUGUGUUUCUGUGUGUGCAUGUGCAUGAUGAUGACGACCUGUAUAAUGAUAUGUUCCUAUCCUCUCAUAAGAACCACGAUCUUGAUGAAAAGCCGAUUAUGAAAGAGCAGAAGAAAGAAAUUUUUUCUGUCUAUAUUGGAGAUUUUACAUGGUGGACAACCGAUCAGGACUUGUUGGAUACGGUGGUCGGUGUUGGAGUUUCUGACGUCAUCGACAUUCGAAUUCACGACAAUCCUAGCAAUGGCCUCUCAAAAGGAUACGCAACGAUACAAGUUGAAUCGAAGAUCAGUAAGCACUUAAUGAUGACCAAGCUGUUGAACACGAAAGUGCACGGUGUGUACAUCUCAGUUCAUGACCACACCGAGGAAGUUAGGAAGAAAUUUGAGGAUGUCUUUGAGAGUAGGAUCGCUAAGAAAGUCCCCAGCUCGUCAAACAACGACACGCCAGCCCAGUCCAUACCAGCCACUCUUAGUGUAAAUAGGGAUGUGCCUAGCAAGCCCGGCAACACAAUUCCAGUUGUGGCUUCGUUACAGGCCCCGAUGAUUUUGAACAGCCACAGCAACAUCAGUGCACCUCCUACCGUCAUCAUGCCUCCUCCUCCGAUUCUCAAUGUACCGCCGCCUCCGUUCAUGGGACCAACUACCCCCUCAUUCAUUCUCUUACCAAACAUCAAUCCGAGACAGCAGCACAUGGUUCCUCAACAGUGCCCUCCAGCUGUCAGGUUCGUCCGGCCCCCUCCACCUUUCAUUGCGGGACCUCCUCCAAAUGUCCAUCUCCCUCCACCAAUCAUAAUCAACCAGCCACCCACGUUGCCCAUUGUUGACCAAUCACACGUCGCCAUGGUUCAGAAGCGUCAGCAAGAGCAAAAGCCAUUUGAGCCGAAUAUUAACGUAGAGUUGGAAACCUUGCCAGAUGCUUUGGCCCUUUCAAAGGCUGGUGGUAAGAUGAUGACGAAAGCAGAGUUUGAAAAAGUCUUCAGCUUGAACAGAUCCGUAGCCGAGCAAUCCAUAUUGAGGGCCUCUAUUGACGCCGAAGCUGGCAAUUUCAGAGAUGCGAUCGAGACAUUAAUGACUGCCAUAUCCAUUGUCAAGGAGAGCAAACUGGGCAGUGACCCUCAAGGCAUUGCACUGAUGCAGCCGAUGAAAGAUAUGUUGGCUCGCGUCGAGAAUGACUCGCUCAAACAACAGCUUCUCGAAAAGGCCAGCAAAUCUCCUACAAAUUGCUCACGCUACAGACGACGCUCGGAAGAAGCCGACGAAAUCAGUUGCGACAGAGAGCGCAAACUAGACAGCCACAUCUACAAACAAGAGAAAAAGUACCUAGACGAGUACGAGAUCUACCUAGAGAGAGAAUUAAAACGGAAGAAAUCCAGUAGAUCGCCGCUAUCUUCGCACCACCACGACAAACGUAGAUACUCACCUGGAAAGAGAAGCCCCCCCGCUGGUUACAGACGAUCCAGGAACAAAUCCCGAAGUCCCAGACUCCGCAGUCCUAGGCCCCGCAGUCCGAAGCCUUCCUACGCCAGCAGUCGAACCAGAGACCGGAUGGAUUCGAGGAAGGAGUCAGCCGGCAAGGAUUUUUACGAGGAUAUUCGCGGAUGGGAUAGGGAUAGUGGAAGAAGGUCGCCCAGGGAGGAGCGCAGGCCCUACCGUUAUUGA